CCCGGCGGGCGCGGCCGCUCCCCGCGGGCAUGGCGGGGCGCACGGUGCGGGUGCGGGGCCUCCCUGCCGAGCUGCCUCCGGACAGGGUGGCCGACAAACUGACCAUCCACUUCCUGCGCUCCCGCAACGGCGGCGGGGACAUCGCCGAGGUCCGGAUGCUGCCCGGGCCCCCGCCCUGCGGCCUCAUCACCUUCGAGGCGCCGGAAGUGGCCCAGAGGAUCCUGAAGCUGAAGGACCACGUGCUGGCGAUCGGAGGGAUGCAGUACCCACUGGAGGUGACCCUGCACACUGAGGAGCUGAGCCCCGAUGAGAUCUUCAUACGUGCGUGCAUGAUAAUUGACUAUGGCAAGCUUCCUACUGGCAAAACCCUCCUGAGGGACUUGCACAAGGGCUACAGCAAUGUGCAGUUCAACUUCGAUUCUAAAAACACACACUGCGUAGUCCAGGGCCCAUUCACUGAGCUGCAGGCCUUCAGCAGAGACCUGCUGGGCAGUCUGAACCUCAGAAGCAAAGCCACUGGGGAGAUCCUCCCGCCAGGUUCCAGCCGUGGGGCCAAAGAAAUGGGAAUGCACGAUCGUCAGCAAGUGCCUGACUCCACUGAGUCAGCAGAAGAGACAGCAAAGCUGCCAAAUGGGGACCAGAUGUGUGAAAUGACAGCUAAAAUCCCAUCACCUCGGGGCCCAGUGGAUGGGGAAGCUGUGGAACAGCUAGAGGAAUUUUCUCUAGUGCUGGACUUGGACAUCUACUUGUACAUGCAGAGGUUCUGUGCUGCCGAGUACCAAGGUGUGCUGCGCCAGCAUCGCGUGGAUGUGGUGGAUGUUAGCGGCGAUGGCAUCACCAUAUUGUACCUCCAGCCAUCUGGAGAUCUGCCUGGGGACAUGGAGGCCUUGCGAGAGGCCCGCCUGGCCCUGCAGCAGCUCUACCAGCAGCUGGAGGUGAGCCUGCGCAAGGAGAAGAUCGCCAAGAGAGGGCUGGGAAUGGACAGCCAGGCACUCAGGGCUCUGACACGCGAGCUGCAGAAGCUGUAUCCCCAGUUGCUUUGCCACGAGGACGUGAAGCAGAUUUAUCUAAUUGGAAACCUCGUUGAUGUGUCCCAGGCCAAGCAGUACCUUCAGCAUUCCAUCACCAGGAGAGGUGCUGCACACACAGUUGAUGUACUGAGCAGCAACCAGCCCUCAGACCCUGCAGCCUCCGGCACCACAGAGGCUCCGCUACAUCUGCCCAAAGUGCCUGUGGACUCCUCAGUGACAAGGCUCAGCUCAGGCAGGCCAGAGCUGAAAGGUGAGCUUAAGCUAGCUGCCAACUUCAGUGCCCUGAAAGCUGACAGGUCUCAGGCUGGCCAGGGCCUCUUGCUGAAUCAGGACUCUCCGCCGGUGGGACAGGUGCAGCUUUCCAGGAAACACUCAUCAGAUGCUCCUGGUCUGAGGGACCCAACAGCACUGACCCAGCAGUAUCAGCCUCCUGUCCCUACAGCAGGUGAGGUUCUGGGGUCAGCAGCAGAGCCUCAGCGGAACGACCCCACAGAACGGGACCAUGUCGAAGGAGGUGUCAGGCUUCCAGGACACAAGGUGCUGUCGUCCUUUGGGGGCAAAGAAAACAGCACUUCACAGCAUCCUGGGGACUCUAAAGGCUCAGGUCCCCUUGGGCACCAUUCCCUCGCUGGCACCUCCAGCACCUUUGAUGUGACAAGGACCUCUUCUGCUUUAGACUCCAAACCCUCUGCAUCCAGGCCUCUGCUGCGCCGGUCCAACAGCUUCUCCCUGCUGAGGUCAGAGGAAAGCAACAAGCCCCGAGACAGUGGCAGCAGCAGGGUGAGUGAGGAAAUGAGCCUGGACUUUCUGCAGUGGUCUUACCUGAGAGACACCUGCCGUGUCACUAUCGACAAGCUGUGCAGGGGGGGAAAGGUGCAGAUCUCAGAGCGCCGUGCUGGGGACUGCGCAGUGCUGACACUGCAGGCAGAGGACAGGAGCAGGCUCUUCCAGGCUAAAUGGCAGGUGGAAGCUCUUGUGCAGAAGUGCCCUGACCUGGUGUGUCAGAGUCUGAGCUACUCGGAGCUUGCUGUAGAUGGUCCAGAUGACAGUGCCCUGAGUGAACUGUGCAGCCUCUUGCGAGGAAAAUCCCUUCAGGUUGGACUCCACAAAGACAAGUACAAGCUAUAUCUUGUUUGCCCCAAGGAAAUGCUGCCAGGAGUGACUGAGGCCUGCCACGUGUUUUCUUCCAGGAGGCUACGUGCCCUGAAGUCUUCAUCUGUGUCUCCAGGACCAGAAAGUACAGGGCAAUCAAGUGUCAUCCAGCCAAGUAGAAGCCAGGACACGGUGCUGGAUGCAGCCCUUCCCAGCAGCCUGGAGUCCCUCCAGAUGGGCCUGCAGCACCUGAACAUCAGCAAUCAAGCAGUCCCCGGUGAUACGCUCAGGGCUUCCUGGGUGCCAGAGACAGAGGGAAAGAGGUCCCCCAGUCCUUGGAGGUUCCAGCAGGCAAGGGGGCAGGAGGAGGCCAAUGGCCGUGUUGAUUCUGGGGCUGGGCAAGGAGGAAGCAGCCUUCUGAACCCUGCUGCAGGGAAUAAGCCAAGUCCUGCUGGUCUGAGGGAGUCCCAGGAACAGCUGAAGACAAAAUUGUCCCUGGGGGAGCCUGACAUCGCCCGGCUAAAACAGGUUUUGCCAGACAGAUUCCAGUUUGCAAGAGACAAAGGCAAGAGCCGAGGAGGCCACAAUGAAGCGACGGGACAGCUGCGCUCCCCAGUCCCUGCGGCUGAGGGGGCUCCUCACUCCCUGCCCACCUGGCUAGCCUGCCCGGCUACUAUCGAGACCUGA